AUGGAUAAAUUGGGACUGUAUGACCCAGUUGUUGUUUUCGUUGUUGUUGUUGUUGUUGCUGCUGCUGCUGCUGCUGGUGGUGGUGGUGGUGGCGAUGGUGGUGAGUCGAUUUGA